AUGUCUGGGGGCUGGGGCCGGGAUAUGAUGGACUACGGAGGCGGCGGGGCCGGCAUGUCCGGAGGGGGCGGCCGGGGAGGCGGGAGCGGCGGCGGCGGCGACGGCCGCAUCUACGUGGGCAACCUGCCAGCCGACGUGCGCGAGAAGGACCUGGAGGAGCUUUUCUACAAGUACGGCCGCAUCCGCGACAUCGAGCUGAAGAGCAAGCGCGGGCUCGCCCCCUUCGCCUUCGUCCGCUUCGAGGACCCCCGGUGGGUGACGGGGAGCGGGGCGGGUGGGUUCCCGGGUUCCCUCAGGCGGGAGAUGUAGAGAACCCCCCCAAUAAUCUCUCAUAUUUGGGAAUGGGGGGGGUUUCCCAAGCAUGCCUGGAGGGUGGGGGGAGGAGGAAGAGGAGCCCCCCCAACCCCAAUUUUUGGCAUUUUGUGAAUGUGGGGCUCUCCAUCUUGCUGGCAGGGUGAGGUGCAAGCCCCGCCUCACCCCCUUCUCCUCCUCCUCCUUUCCCGCCUUUUUUAAAUUUAUUUUUAUUUGGUUCGUUUUGGCAUGUCACAUGCUGGCUUUCUGCUAUAAUAAUAACAAUAAUAAUUUUAUUUAUACCCCACCCUCCCCAGCCGAGACCGGGCUCAGGGCGGCUAACAACCAAUAAUAAAAACAAGUUGAUUAAAAUACAAUUUAAAAGAUUAAGAUACAACAUUAAAACAUUAGGAUGCAGCCUCUUCACAGGAGGAGAAAGGAAAAAGAAAGAGGGGGAGGGAAUCAAACCCACCUGCAUCCACCCACCCAGAUGGUUUUCAGAUUAUUAUUAUUUAUAUUAAUGAUAUAGGGGGGUUGCUAUCCAGCAUUCGCCCAUGCUCCAGAGAGUAGACCCGUUGAAAUGGAUGAGCCCCAAGAUAGUUCGCGAUCAUUUCAGCAGGUCUCGAGUACUAUUGAGUAGGAUUGACAUUGGAUAUGAUCUGCGGAAAACUGAUGUUUUGUUUUGGAAUGGUUUUGGCUACACAAAUAAACAUUGCCUUACAGUGUCACAUUAUCUUCUUUAUGAUAAUAUUUUUUAUUAGUUUUCAAUUACAAUCCAAUGAUAGCCUCAUAAUAACAAUACCAAUUUAUAAUACAAUUAUAAUACAACCAAUUUGUAAUACAACUAAUACUAAUCAUUCAAAUACCGAAUCACAUUGUCAUUACCCACCCUUCCCCCUAAGGUUCCAGCAAUUGAAACAGUAUUAAAAACAGCUUAAAACAACUUAGUUACAAAAAUAAGACUGCCCUACAGUCCAUUAAUUUCAGUGGGUCUGCUAUUCUUGAGUAGCACUAAGAUGCAACCCAUUAAAAUUAACAGACAUAACUUGUAUGGGGUCCAUCAGUUUCAGUGGGUCUGCUAUUGAGUUUGACAAUGGAUACAAUCUAUUAAAAUUGAUAGGCGUGAUUAGCAUUGGGUCUAUCAGUUUCAAUGGACUUUCCCUAAGUAGAACUCCGUUGCCUACAAUCCUAAAAUAAUCUAUAUGAAUGUAUUAUGUUUAUUUCCCACCUCACUUCCUUAAUGGAAGCCAAGGUGGCAUACAUUAUUAUUAUUAUUAUUAUUAUUAUUAUUAUUAUUAUUGGGAUUUAUAUACCACCCUAUACACCUGGUAGUGUUUUCUCAGGCAGCCUCCCAUCUAAGCAAUGAGCAGACCCUGCAUUGUAUCCAAUGCAGCCUACAGCCUUCACCAAACCCCAUGUUGUCGGACUAGUUUGUGUAGAGAUGGCCAGCUGUUGGAAGGUAACUUGCUGCGUGUCUACUUUUGCAUCUGGCACAUGAAAAGUUGUUCAGCAGGGUAUGUGGCUCUUGAUGUGAAAAAGGUUUCUCAGCUCUGGCCUGUAUAGAUUGGCAGCAGCUCUCCAGGGAUUCAGACAGGACAUACAGUACUGGAUAUGUAAAGGAUUGAACUAGGGAUCCUCUGCGUACAAAUCGGGUGUUCUGCCUCUGAGGUAUGACCCUUCCUGAACAUAGGUGGAUCAGAUGCACCUAGACCAAUAUUCUUUGCAAGAAUACCAGCCACUAGUUCAGGAGUGGGGAACUGUGGCCCUCCAGAUAUUGUUGGACUACAACUCCCACCAUCCCUGGCUGCUGGGACUGUCCAAUAACAAACAGCAGUGGAGGAGCCACAGUUUCCCCACCUCUGCUUCAAACCACAUCUUGGGUUCAGUUUAUUUAUAUUCUGCCUUUCAGGAUACAAAUCUUGCCUAAUUCAAGGUGAUGUGUUGUUGUUUUUAAAAAAUAAUUAUAUUUAAAAACACGCACAGAAACAAGAUGGAGGAUAAGAUGGUGCCUUUUCCCAAUUCAUAAAUGAUUAUUUGGGGGCAAGGGAGUAGUAAAAUGGACUGUGAAAUGUCUCAUCUGCUGUUAAUAUUAUACAGUCAGAGAUCUAGAUGAUGUAAAGACCACUGCAUCUUUAGUAGGUUGCCAGUCUCCUUCCUUCCUUCCUUCCUUCCUUCCUUCCUUUCUUUCUUGACAAAUCCUGGAAUGGAGCCUUUAUGUUUAUGAAUUAAUUUUUAAUUCAUUAAUUUUUGUACUGCUUUUCAAGAAUAAAAAUCUUCACAAUAUGGUUCAUAUUAAAUAUAACAACAAAAUGCAAUAUAUAAUAUUUUAAAACAUCAAUAAAUCCUAUGGAAAGGGGUGUUUGCUUCAUUUUUGCAGAACUGUUGAUCAUGUAUAUAUUAAAUCUGCUUUACAAAUAUGUACUGUUCUGAUUCUGGCAAAUUCUUGUUAGUAUAUCAUAGUAAUUUUCUUCAAAUAUAGAAGUUUAUGCAAUGUGUAGCUCAACACCACAGCAUAUAUGUCUGACAGCAGACCAUUAAUCCUUAAUCUGAGGAAUGGAGGAUUGGACUGCAUCAGAAAUUAGUCCAGUUACACAAAAGUCACAACCACGACCCCUUAAGUGGUGUAGUGAAGGGCUUUUUUGGGUUACCACAUCAGGGAUGAAGAUUAACUACAAAAAAUAUGCUGGCAUAAAGAAGCAGGCUGUAGGGGUUCCUAAAGUAGUGUUUGGAACAUUGCUAAUUGAUCUGUAGAAAGUAGUCUGCUGAUGGCAUUCUUGUUGAUCAUAAGCAUACAGAGAAGCUUCUUCAUUUUGUUGUAUCUCUUGAAAGUUGCCUUCUUUGCGUAACUGACAAUGGCUUUUUGAAACAGCCGGAGCAGACUUCCGGGGUGGCGCCUCCGGAAAAUGGCGGAAUUCCCUUCGAACUGAAGGGAACCCGCUACACGGAGGCUUGGGUCCUGCCGCUACGGCGCAGCGGGGACCCUUAAAAACCACAGGCGGAAGAAGCCUGUGGGCGUGGGACUCGGCGGGCACCGAGAGCGCUCUCUCCCCUUGUACAGGAGCCCGGUAACGGGCUCCGGAGUGGGAGGUGCGUGGUGCUGUGAGUCGUCUGCUUCCUCCGUGCAGCAAAGCCGCACUGCCGUUCUCGGAGAGCGCUGCCUUUUUCCUGGACAAUUUGGCAUCUAAAACAUCUAUCCGUGAGUACCCGAUCCUGGAAGAGCUGAACUACUUUUAAGAUUGGUGAAUAAAUAAAUAACAUUGGACUUGAACUUGAAAUUGAAUUUAAUUGGGACUCGGAACGGAAAGGUCUAAACAGGAAGUCGCCUUCCGUUCUUUUGUUACGUGAAGAAAGCAAAGACAAAUUAUACUAAAGCCUGAAAACUAAAUUCUGAGAGAACUAAAAUUCAACAUCUAAGAUUUCUGAACCCCCUUUGAUUGCAGGAGAAGAAGGGGGUUGUUUUGAUCUUUUCAACCCUGCGGAAGUGAGUUUAAAAUAAAGUAAUUUUCCACCGCCCUGAACCAGGAGCGGGCUGUCAGAACUGACGUUUUGAAGCUUAUCCAGCUUGACAGAUAGUUAAAAGAAGGGUAACAUUUUGAUUCCACUGUUGCCUCUUGAAUUUGAAAGGGGGAAUUUUGGAUAAAGUGUUUCUGUAAAAAUAAAUAUUGUUACUGUUUUUUUUCCCCAUUUAAAAAAAAAAAAAAAAAAAAGGGUUUUCCAUCUAGUGGAACUGAGUGAAAUUGCAAUGCAGAGAGUUUAAAAGAGAAGGAUCAUUCUUGUGGGAAAGAAUUUUUUCUGACCUUGAAGGACAAUGCUUGUACAAAGGCUUGAACAAGUGUUCCUGGAAGGUUUUGCAAAAUUAAGUGCCCAGCUGGACCAGAUGCGUCAGGAGUCGACCUUGAUGAGGACGGAAGUUACCAGAGCACAGCAGCAAACAAAUGAAAUUCAGUUAAAGUCUAUACAAGUAUAUGAACCUGCUGUAGCGACGGAGGCUUCAGAGAUGGAGGGACCUAUGGAUGGGCAAGAUCAGUCUUUGAACUUGAUAAAUGAACUUGGGACAAACCUGAUUCGGAAAGAUGAAAUGUGGUCAGAUUUGGAAAUGGGGGGAUGGAUUGACACCCCUCUAUAUGGUUAUUUGGACUUUCCGAGUCUAGUGAUGGGCCAUCAGAGGAAUGGAGUAGUCGAAGUCUCCAAGUUUUGUGGAAAUUGGAAGUGGUAUUAUCUGCUGUCUGGCUUGGGUAAUGGGUUUGGGAUGGACUUGCUGCAAAGAGUCAAAAGCAUCUUCUUGCUGGAGUAUCCACGACUGAAAGGGAAAUAUCAACAAGAGUGGCGAAAGGGGCAAGAAAGAGACUUGAGGGCCUCGGAUACGAGACAACCAGGUUAAGGAGCUGGAUUAUUGAGGUUAAAAGGACUGACAAUCCCGGGUCCAGGGAGGGGAGGCUGGAAGUUGACUGGAUUGAAUCUGACUUAUUGUUUUUGCUUUCUUAUUUUUUAAUAUUGGGAAUGUUUAUAAAUGUUUGAAGGAUGUUGAAUGAAAUUAUAUGACUUAAGUAAGGAUUGGUAAGUGAUUUGAAAAAGGUAAUGAUGUAAGAAUUUGCUAAAUAUUGAAUAUAAGCUUUGAGUUUUAAAGUUUUUAUAUGACAAGAGGGAAAAUAGAAUAAGGAAACGCAAUGAUAGAUUGUUAUGAAAAAAUAGAAAGGAUUUGCUGUAAAAAUUAAAUACUAAGAAACAAGAGAGGGAAGGAGGAGGAAGUCUAGAAAGGAAGUUAAUGGAGAUCGUAAAGGAUUUUAUAUUUCUGUUUUUCUGUUUUUCUUUUUUUCUUUUUUGCGGCUGGGUUUUUUCUUCUUUAUUAUUUCUGUAUUAUUUUUGUUUUUAUUUGUACUUUCAAACUUUUUUGGAAAUUUUUGUUGUUACUUGUUACUUUUUGAAAAUUUAAUAAAUAUCAAUUCUAAAAAAAAAAAUGAAACAGCCGGAGCAAAGGUGCCUUGGGCACUAAUGUUUUUUAACCUGAUUGCCACCUUCUUGAUUUUACUCCAGGGAGACUAGCAAGUCAACAUAGUAAUUGACGUUCGGAAAAUAAAUAGGAACUCCCUGGUGCUAUGAUAUGCUAACUGUUGUUGUAAGUGUAAGGCAUGAAUGUUCUGAAUUCUUUUUAUUGUUUGCAACAUUUUGCAUCCUGAUGGUGAAUACUGUGUCCAGUCAGUAUGUUUCAUUCUGCGACUUUCGUCCAAAGCUAGAAACAACUUUAUCGCUCAUAAAUGUCAAGUGCUAACAUCUUCCAGCUUAGAAACUGGGAACCUCUCCACUCUUUCCAGCCUACUAUAUCUAAAUAGUUCUAUAUUUAAGUUUCAAAAGUACAAUAGUUCCUAGGACUGCUCAUUUUCCAGAGGGUUAAUCUAUUGCAAUAAACACAGCAAAGUAUCUCUUUGCACCUUAAGGAGCAACAAAAUGUGUUAGUCUGUAAGGUGCCAAAAGACUCUUCUCUUGUUUUCGUACCUUUCCUGUGCUGUCUGGGCAAUGCUAAAUUCAUGCAUAUAUUAUUUGUUCACAGAGAUGCAGAAGAUGCAGUUUAUGGGAGGAAUGGCUAUGAUUAUGGUCACUGUCGCCUACGUGUUGAGUUUCCCAAACCUUCCAGAGGACGGGGUGGAGGCUUUGGUGGGGGGCCUCGUGGGAGGAAUGGCCCUCCUUCACGGCGUUCCGAAUUCCGAGUCCUUGUUUCAGGUAUGUUGCCUUCCAUACUUCAUACUGGCUGGGAGCCAUCCUGAUGCCAUGCCACAUGUUUUGUUAUAUUGGGGAGAAGGAGCACCUUGCUUCCAUAAUACAGGGUUUCUUCUUUAAUAAGAAAACUGUUCCUGUGAAGGAGUUUUUUCAGAGCUGCGAGAGGAGAAGACAGCUUUCUGGUUCAAUUAACGGAGGAAGCCUAUUUUAAUUUGCUUUUGGAGUUCAACUUCGUGAAUGAAUGGUGAGCAAAAGAUAAAUCUCAUCUCCACCUGUAGGCAGGCAUGAACUCAAUGGACUUGGAAAUGGGCAACUGGGAGGGUGAAGGGAAAGAAGAAGAUCCUUGUAGUGUGCAGGGCCAGGAGGACUGGGUCUCAUAAAAGCAAAUGAUUCUCUGAGACAAAAAAAUGAGCAUUAAAGAGCUGCCUGAGCUGCUGCUGCUGUGCAGUAUUUCUGCUUAUUAUGAGAGAAAAUAACCUGAAUUAGAUCCCUCAGUUAAUAACCUUGUGGAUCCCUCAGAGGAACCUUGCCAUAUCUGAAGUAGGUGUCUUGUUUAGUGAGUUGGGAGAGACAGGUGGAAAAUACCUCUUACUGGAGAGAAGUGGAUGUAUUUUGGAGGUUUUGCCAUGGCGAUCAAAUCUCUGGAGAAAACUCAGCACUCCCUGACCAGUUUUAUGGAAUGGUCCACUUAAAACAAAACUCAUUUUUUAAAAAACAUGUUUAUUCCCAUGUACUGCUUAAGUAAAGUACAGUGACCUAUCUUGGUGCUUCUCUGCAUGGUACUGUGGCAUCCUGGCUAAAAAUGUGAUUGCUCCCUGUGAGGAAACUACUGAAUUGCAAUCUCCUCAGCUUUGCAUCAGGACCUGAAAACAAAAGUAUUGAACCCCAGAACCACAGAAGCCUGGGAGGGCAGGGAGGAUAUCUGGAGGAAUCUCUUUGACGUUUGGCAUGAAUGGGAGAACGUGCAUUGCUAGAGAGUAUUGUGAAGCGUUCUUGAAAACUGCUAGGAGCAGCAGUGUUCUAGUGUCUCCAGAAUGCGAUGUGGAACAGGGGAGCCACUUACCUUUGCCUUUACUUAAUGAUCAUGCUGAUAGUUAAACACAGGUAUCCUUGCUUCGCUGCCCAAGGACCCAAAUUGGAAUCAAAACUCAUACUGUUAGAAGGGGACUAUCAUUCUUGGAUGGGAAUCUGAUCCUGAGUAACUUAAGUCGUAUGUGGAGUACAAGCUGCCCAGGCAGAGUUAGGGGUGAUGUUAAGUUUACCUUGGACCAACAGGAGGAGGAUUCCUUUCAAAGCCCAGAACUCUGAAUCCUACCUAGGGGACCACCUUGCUGACAAUGAAAGGCUCAUCUACUCAGGAAUGGAACUUAACUGCUAUUCUUUGGAUCCUUAAUAAGCAGGAAGUCUGUGGAAGUGGUGGAUGGAGUCGCAGACCCGCUGGAGGGACCAUUCCAGGGUGUGCAGCUUUUUCCGGCCCAGCCUAAGCCGCAAGUGCCAUCUCUUUAUGUAGUCUCUUAUGUUUUGUGUUCUCACUGCUCAGGGCUUCCUCCAUCAGGCAGCUGGCAGGACCUGAAGGAUCAUAUGCGUGAAGCUGGUGAUGUAUGUUAUGCAGAUGUACAGAAAGAUGGAAUGGGGGUGGUUGAGUUUCUCCGCAAGGAAGACAUGGAAUACGCACUGCGUAAACUGGAUGACACCAAAUUCCGAUCUCAUGAGGUGGGUCCCUGCCUGUGGGUGAAGAGCAUGUGCGUUGUGCCAGUCAUGGAGGAACAUGCGUUAACGUGUCCUGUUGUGAUGCUCUCAAGAGGCUCCGGGGGCACAGUCUAGCAAUAGUCUCGGAAUUGGUGGCUAAUAGUAAUCCUUGUAGCAUGUUAGGAAUCCAGCUUAAAAGAGUGGUCAAGGCCUUGUGAAACCUGCCCCAUGAUGGCGUGGUGUGAGCCCUGACAGCCAAGGCCAGGUUUUCUGGGGUUCAUUCCUAAGUUACAUGGAAAAAACUAAGCAUUUGGAUUUACUUGCCUCUGUCUGCUUCUAGGUAAGUCGAGUUGACUUGCUUUGCCAUUCUCCCUUUAACAGACCAAGAGUUGAACAGAGAUUGCUAGUGGUUGGCUGUUGAAUAAGCUUAGCUCACCUUUGCCUUGGCAGCCAGAGCUUGCAUCCACAAACUGCAACGCUUCUCCCCAGAGAUGCUGAUGAGUAACCAUAGUGGUUACAAUAGCAGUCAUUCCCACCUAUGCAUGGAAUCUCUUCCUAUGGUGGUCUCAUGAUGUCUCUGCCAUGAACCAGUUUUUUUCCCCCCAGUCUUGGGGCAUUGCUACCUCUCUUGCAACCACCUUCUUCCAUCUGCUGCAACCACCCCCUCUGUCACAGCUGGAGGCUGCUUGCUGUGGGAUUUCCCUUCAGAACCUGAGCUGCUGAGAUACAAUUAAAUUAAGAUGAGCUGGUGAGACAGUUCACCAAGGCAUCUCCCAACUAUGCUGAAGGACUCCACUAGAUUACAUCUCUUUCCCUCUGGCAGUUAAAAGUUGGAAACUAUCGACAUCUUCGCCCUUCUUAGUUAGAUGAGGACAGAACAUGGCUGUGUUUGCCUUACUAAUACCUGCACCGUACUAGCUGUUAUGUAACACAUGCCCUUCGUCUGUAGACCCUCAAGGGCCAGAUCAGAGCUGGCCCAAGGCAGCAGCAGUAGAUGGACUCCUACUUACGUAUAUAUGGAAAAAAAGCUAUCUCCAGCCUCGAGCCACUUGUGCAUUGGUUCCUGAUCUUCAUUUUUGGCAUUCAUUCAUUCAUAACGUUGACCACAGGAUGUUAUGCCAAUGUUUGGGUUUUCUCUGUUUUAAAUUCCAGGGUGAAACAUCCUAUAUCAGAGUUUGUCCUGAAAGAAGCAUCAGCUAUGGCUACUCGCGCUCCCGUUCUGGUUCAAGGAGUCGCGAUUCUCCAUACCAAAGCAGGGGAUCGCCACGCUACUCUUCUCCCUUCAGGCCAUACUGA